ACGCGGGAAGACUGAGAGAGUGCGGAGUGUAUUUACCUACUCAAAGUCAAUAAAUCGCCAUGUGCUGCGUAUACACAUACCUUCCCGCCAUUAUCGCGUAGUGUUUCAUUCUUAACGGGCAGCCGCCUGACACCCCCCAUAGUGGCCGCGAUGGACUCGCCCAUCGUAUUCAAUCUCGUCGAACGGGACAGCGAUUAUUUGUCGCGUUCGCGACGAAAUUCACGGGCGAUUCGGCGACGGUGCGUUGCGAGAAAAAUCACACGGAUCCAUCGAAAGGAUCGACGAGCCGGAAUACGAUCGCGAUACGUGCCGUCUCGGUGAGUGAUUUUCCGCGCGCGCAGUGUUGUUUGGGUUCGGCCAUUUUCUUGUGGGGAAGGUUAGGGAACGUGUGUGUGUGAGCAACAGUACGCCGAUAGGCAGCAUCAUCAUAUAUCCGUGUCGCCUACGGGGAAAUAGUCGCCGUUUACCGGCCUCGCGUCAUCGUUUGGCGUCAACAAUUUCGGCGAUCCCCGCAUACGGGUUAUCUCGUGAGUGCCGAGAGAGACGGACGGCCGCGAGAGAUCGCCCCGCGAAAAUCCGCCUUUGUCAGCCAUGUGCAUUGCGGCGCAUCGUUCAAAACGUCCUCGCACCCCCGUGGCGGCGGGCCAAUAGGCGGCCGCGCGCCUCGGCCACGUGAUCUACGCCGGCCAAUCGACGCGACGGGAUUUGAAAUCUUGUGGUCUUUGUUCACGGGCCUGCUCGUGUCAACCCAACGUUGCCUCAGUUCCGUCAAGGGGGACCCGUGUCGGUGUACGUUUAUACAUGGUCGCUGCGCCGAAAUUCGUGCGACUCGCUCGUAAAUAUAUGUGUGAAAGUGGUGGCCGUCGUGAACGGACAGUGUGAUAAGGGGAUCAUUGGACGCGCAGUAUUGAUAUACGUCGAGUGAAUGGAAUUGGAUACUGUAAAUCCGUACGUCGGGAUGGAGCAGGGAUUGUCCGGGGAUCCGUGGGACUGUCUGUUCGGCAGCGACAGCAUCUCCGACGCCUUCCAAGGCCGUCCAGAUAUGUUCCAUAUGGACAUCCGGCGCUGCGACAACACGGGCCGAUUAGGCUGGCACGGUCCGGGUCUUGGCUUCGACUUCGACGAUGUCUUGACGGAGACCGAGGAAGACCCGGUCGGCUUCAACGAUAAAAGCCGUAGUUCGAAUAGCAACCUGGACGAACUAAAUCUGGACAGCGACAGCGAACUGGCAUUAACGUUGGACCCGAAUUUGAUAUUACCGCGCAACAUGUGCAUGCCUAUCCGCAGCCCCGUAUCGAAUAGCGAAGCAACAAUGUUGGAGACGCCGAGCGUGGAAGAGAACGUUGUUGAGAACGAGGGGGAAGAAUCGGAGAACGAAAGUGAAGCCGAGCGAACCGAAAACGACGAGGAGAACGAAAGCGAAGAAGAGGAUGAAGAGGAAGAGGAGAUCGAGGAGAACGAGCACAACGAAACAGAAUACGAGGAGACAGAGGAAGAAGAGACAGAGGAGGAAGAGGAGGAAACGGAGGACGACGAGCAGCAGGAUGUGACUGCCGCUCAACUUGCAUCUUCGAGCGCGGAAACGCCGACAUCGAUAUCAUCGUCGUCAUCCUCUCCCGGCGUCGGUAGAACGAUGGUAGCCACCACCUCGCAGAUACAAUUGACGAGGCUGCCGAUUCAUCCCAAGAUAGGUACCGUGUCCGGCACAAUAGAUAUCAAGAUGUUGACCUCUAGCCCAGGCGGUCAUAUACGCAAGCAAAUUUACAACAAUAAUGUGCACGAUGUCGGUCCGGGUACGACCACAACGGUGAUGAUACAGGCGAAGCGGGAGAAGGAUCUAACGGGUCAGCGCGACAACCCCUAUCCAAAGCCCGCGUACUCGUACUCGUGUCUCAUCGCGAUGGCACUAAAAAAUAGCCAAACGGGCUUGCUGCCAGUCUCCGAAAUUUAUAACUUCAUGUGCCGACACUUUCCCUAUUUCAAGACCGCGCCAACGGGCUGGAAAAAUUCCGUGAGGCAUAAUUUGUCGUUGAACAAAUGCUUCGAAAAGAUCGAGAAGCCGCCUGGCAAUGGUAGCCAGCGCAAGGGCUGCCUCUGGGCCAUCCAUCCGUCGAAAGUGGCCAAAAUGGACGAGGAGGUGCGAAAGUGGUCGAGGAAAGACCCGAUUGCGAUCAAGCGAGCCAUGGUACAUCCCGACCAUCUUGAACUUCUCGAACGGGGCGAGAUGAAGUACGAGGGUGAUAGGCACGAGGAGAUCUACGAGGACGCGGAGAGCUACGCGGGCUCCGAGACGGGCGGCUCCGCGGCGGACGAGAUCAUCAACGAUGACGAGAAUAUCACGUACGACGAGACUAAGCACAUCGAUAUCGUCGAUGACGAUAUCGUUGUGGGGCAGCUCUACGAGGGUCUCGAUCUCGGCGAUGCCGCCGAAUUGCUUGACACGCGGUUGACUGACUUCCCCAGGGAGGAGCAAUCUUUCGUGUAUGAGUAUGUCUCGUGCGCGAAACGUCAGAAGACUCUUUCAAGUUCGCCGAUACAGAGUAAAUACAUCUAUCAACAGGUCAGUGCGGCGUCAUCGCGAAAAAAGUCGCAUCUCGUCGCGCUACGAUCCGGAAGUAGUCCGAUCACCGGAUCGCUUCUUGAGGCCGAUUGAGUGGUCUCUUGGGACAUUGUCCGAGAUAGUCUCAUCUGAUUAUAUGAGACUUUUUUUAUCACUAUUGUAAAUAAUUGUGUAUCGUACUUUUUUACAUCUAGAUUUUGUAAAUAACCGAUUUGUUUUAUAUUGAUAACUUGUAUUUUUUUUACACACAACGCUCUUGUAAAUAAUUGUAAUUUUAAAAUGUACAAAUUACGUGUACAGUGUACAAAAGCUGUUUUAUUUUCUUUUUUUACAAACGUGAUAUGGGACCACAGUCGCGCGCGUGUAGAAAAGUUUUACAUCCGAGAGUGAUCAGUUAGUAUUUUACUCUAUGCAUAUUUGUACAUUUUGCAGACAUAUGCGCGAGAAAAUUUGCAGACAGAGAAUCAAACUUGUUUUCCAUACGAAUUAUGUCGCUAAACUUUUGGAUCAUAUAUAUAUAUAUUAAUAUAUAUAGUAA